AUGCCCGCCGAUAGGACCACCCGCUCACAAACAGGGUCUCCUCCAGGCCCCGAGCCUGAAGGCACACGCCACCCGUAUACCUGGCGGGAGCGAUUCAAGCCCGACUGGCCACAACCGCAGAUCCAAAACGUCGUCGCGACCGUCAACAUGGAAUGCCGGCUCAACCUACCCGUCAUCGCGCAGCACGCGCGCAACGUCGAGUACAACCGCAAGAAGUUCCACGCGCUCAUCAUGCGGAUCCGGGACCCGCGCACAACCACGCUCGUCUUCGCAUCGGGCAAGAUGGUGAUCACGGGGGCCAAAUCGGAAGCGCUCGCGCAGUUCGCCGCGCGCAAGCACGCGCGCGCCGUGCAGAAGUGCGGCUUCCAGACGCGCUUCCGCGACUUCAAGGUCCAGAACUUCGUCGGCUCCGCCACCUGCGACUUCCUCAUCCGCCUCGAGCGCAUCGCCUACAUGUACAAGGAGUCCGCCAUGUACGAGCCCGAGCUGUUCCCGGGCCUGGUCUACACCAUGAUCCGCCCCAAGCUGAAAUGUCUCGUCUUUAGCACGGGUAAGGUCGUCCUAACGGGCGCCAAGGCUGCUGAUGAUGUCUUCGAGGCCUUUGCGAAUCUGUAUCCGCUGCUGCUGGAGGCCAAGGUGGCGGGAAGCACCGCGCCGCCGCCGAGGAUACGAACUAAGCUCUCGCCGGAGGUGAAGGCGGCGAGGAGAGCGAUGAGGGCUGAGGAGCGGCGGCUUGCCAAGGGCCGUCGGAAUUCUGAGGUACUUUAGACGGGAGGAGUACAUUGAAAUGAAUAUUGGCACAAAGAAGCCAUAUUUGAGGCCUGAUGUAUCAACUUUCUUUGUUGUGCUUGUUGCCCUCGAGCCACGCCUUCAUGCCAGCCAGGCCGCACAGGCGACCUAUGUAUGCGCCAUAGUACCGUGACCGUCAUCAAUUUCAAACCCGUUGCUCAUUCGUAGCCACACCAGCCUCCGACGACCGCCGUUGGACAUUAUCCAGCUCCACCUGAAGCACCUUGUCCACGUUCUGCUGCACCUUGUCCUGGACGGCCUUGCCCUCAAACAUGAAGCUGAGUUCCUCCAGCGUGCGGUUGUGCGUCUCGGGGAAGAGUAGAUACACCGUUGCGAUCUCGACCAGGAUCCAGACGCAGUAGAC